GUCAAGGGUCAGCGAGCGGAGGCGCGCCCAAGAUGGCGGCCUCCAUGGGCGACGUGUUCUCGUUCUGCGUGGGCGUGGCGGGCCGGGCCCGGGGAACCGUGGAAGUCCGUUUCGUGAGCAGCGCCAAGGGAAAGGGGCUGUUCGCCACCCAGCUGAUCCGGAAGGGGGAGACCAUCUUUGUAGAGCGGCCCCUGGUGGCCGCACAGUUUCUGUGGAAUGCACUUUACCGCUACCGAGCCUGUGACCACUGCCUGCGGGCCCUGGAGAAGGCCGAGGAGAACGCUCAGAGGCUGACAGGGAAGCCUGGCCAGGUGUUGCCUCACCCUGAGCUGUGCCCGGUGCGCAAGGACCUCCACCAGCACUGCCCCCACUGCCAGGUGAUGUACUGCAGUGCAGAAUGCCGGCUGGCGGCCGCUGAGCAGUACCACCAGGUCCUGUGCCCGGGCCCCUCCCAGGAUGACCCCCUGCACCCUCUCAAUAAACUGCAGGAGGCCUGGAGGAGUGUUCACUACCCCCCUGAGACGGCCAGCAUCAUGUUGAUGGCCCGGAUGGUGGCCACCGUGAAGCAGGCUAAGGAUAAGGACCGUUGGAUCAGGCUGUUCUCCCAGUUCUGUAAUAAAACAGCCAAUGAGGAGGAAGAAAUUGUCCACAAACUCCUGGGGGACAAAUUCAAGGGCCAGCUGGAGCUCCUGAGGAGACUCUUCACAGAGGCACUUUAUGAGGAAGCGCUCAGUCAGUGGUUCACUCCAGAUGGAUUCCGCUCUCUCUUUGCUCUUGUUGGGACCAACGGCCAAGGAAUUGGGACCAGCUCUCUAAGCCAGUGGGUUCAUGCCUGUGAUGCUCUGGAGCUGAAACCGCAGGACCGUGAGAAGCUGGACACCUUCAUUGACCAGCUCUACAAGGACAUCGAGUCAGCCACGGGCGAGUUUCUUAACUGCGAAGGAUCUGGCCUGUUUGUGCUUCAGAGCUGCUGCAACCACAGCUGUGUCCCCAAUGCAGAGACCUCCUUCCCAGAAAACAACUUCCUUUUGCAUAUCACCGCCCUGGAGGAUAUUAAGCCAGGAGAGGAAAUCUGUAUCAGCUACUUGGACUGCUGUCAGCGGGAGCGCAGCCGUCACAGCCGCCAUAAGAUCCUCAGGGAGAAUUACCUGUUUGUCUGCUCCUGCCCCAAAUGCCUGGCAGAGGCAGAUGAGCCCAACGUGACCUCAGAGGAGGAGGACGAUGACGACGACGAGGAGGAUGCCGAGCUGGGGGAUGAGAUGACCGAUGUGUGAUGGUGCCCAGGCCCUGCGGGGAGAGUGGGCUUCUCCCGGAGAAGUGGCUGGGAAGGAGCCCCCCCCACCUCUCCUGUUGCCUGCUUUCCUUCCUUCUAGCUGUUUCUGCCGGAGGGGAGGGCGGAGGCUGGCCUCAGGCCCCUUGCCCCCUGCCUGGCCUCAGGCCCUGGUCAGUGCAGCUGAGUGUCCGGCUUGGGACCACCACUGAGCCUUUCAGAACUGCCCUCCAGCGCAGUUGACCCAGAAGUGAGUCAGGGAACCCUGUCAGGGCCCAGCUGUGUUUCUUCCACCUGGGGCGUCUCUCCACCUG